UUUCCGGUACGGAUCGUAUAAUGACAGUAGCCUUCGGAGAAAAACACAAUUAACAAUUGCUACAAAUAUUUAAUGUGAACGGCAAAGAGAUUAAGUGACAGCGAAAGACAGUUUUAUUAAUGUCAGGAUAAACUCGUCUCGGUGAACUUUGAAGCUUCUCAGGCUAGCUUAGUUUGCUAGCUGCUAACAAAGAAAUCCGGAAGUUAUCGACACAUCGCUAAGCAGCGAUCAAGUGUGAGUGGAACGUGUUGUAGUUGUGGGAAAAUGUGUAAAAUACAAAUGCUGAGAGAGUUGGUGAAUCAGCGACUAACUGCGGCUGUUGAGGAAAUAUUUGGAGUGUUAGAAAGAACCAUAGCGGGGUACGAGGAGGAACUUUCUCGAACAAAAGAGGAGAACGAGCGACAACGUCGACUACUGGACGCUGUUUUCAAGAAGCCUCAAGUUGUGUUACACAGAGCAGGUGCGAGUGAAGAACGUCUUCUCCUUGAGCAACAGGAGUGGAAGUCCAGGAUGGAAGAGGAGGCGCCACAGCCCCCCAACAUUAAAGAGGAAGAGGAGGAUCACAGCAUCAGUCAGGAAGGAGAGCAUCUUGCAGGACCGGAGGAGUUCCCAGUGAAUGUUGUCCCUGUGAAGAGUGAAGAUGAUGAAGACAAAAAUCAAAGUGAGGUGGAGAGAGAGGUGGAGCCUCCAAGCAGCAGCUCCACUCAUCACAUGACAACAGAAGCUGAUGGAGACCACUGUGGAGGAUCACAAGCAGACAACCUCUUAGCUCCACUAUCAGAUAGUGACGACAUAACGUCACACUCUCCUGACACUGAUGAUGAAGACUCUGAAGCUGAUAUGACAUGUCACACUGACAACACAUGCUGGAAAUGCUCUCAAUGUGAACAAACUUUUGUUAACAAGGGAAAUCUGAACAGACACAUGAAACAGCACACAGGAGAGAAACCUUUCACCUGCUCGUUUUGUGGUAAAAGCUUCAUUGCUAUGUCAAAUUUGAAAUUACACAUAACCGUGCACACUGGAGAGAAAGCUUUUCUUUGCACGCUGUGUGGUAAGAGAUUCACUCAAAAUGGUGAUUUAAGAAAACACACAAGAACACACACUGGGGAGAAACCUUUUUCUUGCACGUUGUGCGGUAAAAGAUUCAAUCAAAAAGGCGAUUUAAGAAAACACACAAGAAUACACACUGGAGAGAAACCAUUUCCUUGCACAGUGUGUAGUAAAAGAUUUUCUGACCAGUCACAUUUGAAAGUACACACAAGAAUACACACUGGAGAGAAACCUUUUCCUUGCAAGGUGUGUGGUAAAGGUUUCCAUAAAAAAUGUGAUUUAAAAAGACACACUAGAGUACACACGGGAGAGUAACCAUUUCCUUGCACUGUGUGUGGUAAAAGAUUUUCUGAGACGUCUUAUUGGAAAGUACAUCCAAGAACAAACAAAGUACAAACUUGACUGAACACAAAAAGGGAAGUACGAAUAAGCAAGAGUAUUACUCUUAAAAAAAAUUCGAAAACCAUGCAUGUUAGGUUGAUUGGCGACUCUAAAUUGUCCAUAGGUAUGAAUGUGAGUGUGAAUGUUUGUUUGUCUAUAUGUGCCCUGCGAUUGACUGGCGACCAGUCCAGGGUGUACCCCGCCUGUUGCCCAAAGUCAGCUGAGAUAGACCCUUUUGAGGAUUAAGCAGCAUAGAAAACGAAUGAACACGCUUCUUCUUUUAGACUUGACAAUUGUACUUUUUACCCUGAAAGGAAAACUGCACUUUUUUGGAAUUAUUUAAUCAUCCACAUUGAUUUCACAUAGCAACAUAGAAAUGAACGGCUAACCCUUGCGUGAACUUUUCCAAACUCAAAAAUAAAAACACAGCAGCAGUGGCGGCAGUUCCAAUAUGUAGCCUUACCUUUUUGGUAGUGGUCUGAGGCACUGUGUGAGCGGGCGUGUGUGGUGAAGCUGGUCUCUAGCCGGCUAGUAGCUAGCCGAUGUGUUGUGGCGAAGUGUCAAUGCACUAACCUAGUUCCAUCGGCGUAAUGUUAAUAAUAAUAAUAAUAAUAAAGUAUAUGUAGCUUGAUUAAUAGGCAUGUCAUAUUAUUUGUAAAUGGAGCUUUUUUGGAGCUUUUUGGAGUCUUUUUGACAAGGCUUUAUAGGCGGAAUAAGUGUGUCCCAUUAUGUGCAGUAAUCAGCUGUCUCAUUUUAUCUGUCUUUAUAUCUUUUAGAAUGCACAGUAAAGAGAAAGACAUGCGUUCAUGUCUCACAUGAUGAUUGUGGAUGAUGGGCAAUAUUCCAAAAAAAAAAAAACAGUGCAGUUUUCCUUUUAAUGAAAGAAACACACACAAAAGGGUUUGCAUUUGUUUGAUUCCUAGCCAGGAUUGUGCCAGGAAGGGCAUCCGGUGUAAAAAUCUCAAAUCAAUCAGUUAUAUUGAUAUAACACUGUGGUAAGAAAAAGUAUCUACCUUUUUGGAAUUUUCUGGUUUUCUGAAUAAAUUUGUCAUACAGUGUGAUUGCUCUUCAUGUAAGUCAGAAUUAAGUAAAAAUGAGUGAAUACAUUUGUCCUAACCAAAAUGUUUUAUAUCAUUGCUUUUUCCCAGCAGUGGUAACUAUAUUAGGUUCAUUCUUAAAAAUCAUUGCACACUGACACGGAGCCCAGGAAACAGCUGGUGUGUUUUUUCAUCGCAUGUGCCCGUAAUAUAAGGCGUGCACACGCACGUCCACUGCACAAAAUGAAGCCAACACCAGUAAGAAUUUCAUAUUCUGUUCUUGAAUAAGGUUUAAAAACAUGAAAUGAUGUCGCACACACGUAUUAUGACAAGAGCCAAAAAGCUCCAUUUACCCAUCCACACACAAGUUAGAAGGUGGUGUCAUUGAGCCCCACCCCUCUGCCACACAAACUGCAGACCUGUGGAAAACACUGAUGUCAUUUUCAGAGACAAGUGAUUGGUCAGUGAGCGGACCUUGUAUCAAAUAUUUCUCAUUGCUGAAUAUAACCUGACUAAGGAGUGGAGUUACCGUGGUGACAUAUCCUGCUAAGAAGUUAACCAGUUUCAUAGUACUGCAUAUUUGGAGCUAAGCCUCGUAAUUUAUAACGAAUACAUGUAUAAUUUAUAGUUCAUUUUCAAUGUAUCAUUUUAACAAUCAAACUCCAAUUACCUUCAGUUCUUUAUAUUCUUUGAUUAUAUUGCCUUUGUUUUUUAUUUCAAUGAAAUUUGAGUUGGUUUAU